CGUUUACUUUCGAUAUUAACCGCUUUGGACCUGAUAGCCGAAGCAUACUCUUUUUGGUGCUCGCAACUAAAUCAACAAAAAUGAGAGCAAUCAUCACUUUCGCCCUGUUCUGUGUGCUGUACGUCACUGUACAAGCUAAAACAUCCAGUCCCAAGGUUCAGGUGUACAGCCAUUCUCCUGGAGAGUAUGGAAAGGAGAACACCCUAAUCUGCCAUGUGAGUGGCUUCCACCCUCCUGAUAUCACCAUUGAACUGCUGAAGAAUGGCGAAGUUCUCCCUAAUACCCAGCAAACUGACCUGGCCUUCGAAAAGGGCUGGCAGUUUCACCUUACCAAGAGCGUCACCUUCAAACCAGAGAGAGGAGAAGAAUACACCUGCAAAGUUCGACACAUGAGGAAUACAAAUUCCUAUUCUUGGGAGUCCAACAUGUAAAGUUAAAACAGUCAAAGCCGGACAAAGGACAGUUAACUUCUCAUGUUUUGGACUUUUUCCAUCAUCUGCAGAAACCAUAAUAUCCUGCUGUUCCAAUUUUACAAACCCGCUGUUUCUCGAGAUGCACUAUUCACACAGAUGACUUUGUAACUUCCGCGAUUCAUCGAUUUUAGCUUUUCCUUGAGUUGACAUUCUUUUUCUCCAUGAGAGUAAGCAUAAUUUAACCAAAGUUGCUGCAACAUGUUUUGGAUUAUUUUCUGGGUUCUUUUCACUGUUUCAUUCCUUUGCAUGUGCAAAUUCUGUGUAGUACAAGCGGUAGCAGUUUGUAGGCGAUUGUAUAUGUAAAAUAAUUGGCAAUGAUUAUGCUUAAUUUUGGGCUUUAUUUUGUAAUCAAAUACAAAUAACACAAUCAAUUCUCAUUUUAAAACAAUUGCAAACCAGGUAUUUAAUGAAUAUGAAUGAUUCAAUUUGACAUUGUUUCAGAGAAAAUGUCAUUCUAAGUGGGGAAAAUACAAAUUUGAAAACCUAUUGAAACAGUUGUGUUUAUUGCUUCAAAUAGUCUGUACUAAUACCUGUAUUUUGAAGUGAAAUCAACAUUAUAGCGAGUUUCAGUUACUUGCCUAUCCUAAAACAUAAAUGUCUGCCUAGCAACUGAGCAACCCAAGCCGGUGAUUGGAUUAAAAAACAGUGGACCAGCCUCUGUCCUCAAGCGCAUGAGCACAACUGACAUCAAGUGGUCAUAUUAAUAAUUUGAUAAUGCUAUUAUGAAGCUGAAAUGCGGUGACUCAUACUGCUGACAAUCACCAGCUUUUGUAAUUUUAGAGACAUUUUGUAAAUAAAGAUGUAUGUGUUUUAAUA